CACCUAAUAGGAUUUGCUUCUUGGAGACCGUUGGCAUGUUUGGUGCAAACCCUGCACACUGCUUUCUUAAAGGAGAAUAUGGACCCUGUUUGUCAUAUUUUCCUUCUACUUCUGGUCUUCCACAAGAUAAACCCAUCUGUUUUGUCUUGUGUCACAGGAUGCUCAUGUUCUCAAGACAGCUAUGGAAGGAGUCUGCUCUGCACGUCUGCACUGCUGAGGCAGAUCCCUACAGACAUCCCUCAGGACAUCCGGAAAAUUAGAAUAGAAAAUUCUCACCUAACAGAAUUGCCUCGCGGGUCUUUUGAGAACGUUAGUGCCUUGGAGUAUCUCUGGCUUAAUUUUAACAACAUCACAGUGAUGCACAUCAAGAGCCUGGAGUAUCUGCCAGCCCUGAAGGAGCUGCGCUUGCAAGGGAACAAGUUAAGCUCGGUGCCAUGGACAGCAUUUCAGGACAGCCCGGCUCUGAAAAUCCUGGAUCUGAAGCACAACCGGCUGGAUGUCCUUCCCGAACACGCGCUCCGCUACCUGCCCAACCUGACCUAUUUAGAUCUAUCCUCAAAUCAGCUUACUGUCAUAUCCAGGGAUGUCUUCUCCAGCUGGCCUGUCUACCAGAGGAGCCAGAGGGCGGAGGGGCAGACGGAAGCUAUUUCCACCACCGUCCUGGCCCUUCAUGACAACCUCUGGAUUUGCGACUGUCGCCUGCGGGGAUUUGUCCAGUUCAUCAAGUCGGUCGGCCCCCCCAUUAUCCUGAUGAAUCCCUAUUUAACUUGCUCAAGCCCGAAAUUCAGGGCAGGGAAGUUUCUUCACGAAGUGGAGCUCAACAGCUGCAUGAAGCCCCUGACCUCAGCCCUUGACACCAACAUGACAGUCCCUGUGGGGCUGAACGUCACCCUGACCUGCUUCGUGCAAGCCAGCCCUUCCCCGGCUGUCUGGUGGAACUAUUCACUCAAACUUUUAAGGGCAUUUAAUGUGUCCACGCAGCCCAUCAGCGAGGAGAUGGUGCGCUCGGAGCUGCUGAUCCCGACAGCGCGGCCGGCGGACGCCGGCACCUACACCUGCACGGCUGCCAACUUCUUGGGCAACUCCUCGGCGGCCAUCGCCCUCCGCGUGGGCGCUCCACGGGCACCCACCACCCCCCCGGGCUGGGCCGCCGUCGCCCCCGCCGAGCCGGGCGCCCCCGUGGAAGGUGGCUGCGGAGCCCAGCGGCCCCCAGACUGCGAGGAGCCGGACAAGGCCCGGCCGCCGCACAGGAACAGCGCGGACCUCUACUAG